UGUUUCACAUGCUAAAUUAAGUUGUUCGGUGAGAGGUCUUCCGUCGUCUCGUGCUCCCCUGUCAUGAGACUGAAGCAGGAGGAGGGACUGUUGUAGCAUCUUGAUGUUAGGAGACGGAGGCCUUCAUGCUGCCUUCUGUAAAUGUUUAAGCUAGUUACUCGCUGGAUCAUUUUUAAAAACUGAUAGUUAAAAAAUGUGUCGCUGUAAUUUGUUGCAGCUGAGUUAAAGCCGGCUGAACUCGAUAGCUUUGCCGCAUGUUUAAUGAGUAUUCCGGUGUCAUAUUACCAUUCAACAGAAGUCUGUCAUGUGAGCAGAGGAGGGAUUUUUUCCCUCUUAUCCAUUAUUUGGCAAUGAAAUCCCGUUUGGUCUCUUCUGAACUAAAUAAAUAACGUCUUACAAGAUGAUAAACUUUCAUUAAUGAAUGUACAGUAGCUACAGCUCCAGCCUUUUUCCUUUCAAAAUCCUUUGGCUUUCUUAUAUUACAUUUAGCCUCCCGGCCUUGAGUCAAGAUGAUCCACAGCUUGUUCCUGAUAAAUGCCUCGGGGGACAUUUUCCUGGAGAAGCACUGGAAAAGUGUGGUCAGUCGCUCUGUGUGUGACUACUUCUUUGAGGCACAGGAGCGAGCAACUGAGCCGGAGAACGUCCCACCAGUGAUCCCCACGCCGCAUCACUACCUUAUCAGCGUGCUCAGGCAUCGCAUCUACUUCGUGGCAGUCAUCCAGAGCGAAGUGCCUCCGCUCUUCGUCAUAGAGUUUCUGCACAGAGUCGUUGACACGUUCCAGGAUUACUUUGGAGUGUGCACAGAAGCAGCCAUAAAGGACAACGUGGUCGUGGUCUAUGAACUUCUAGAGGAGAUGCUGGACAAUGGGUUUCCCCUGGCGACAGAGUCCAACAUCCUCAAAGAGCUUAUUAAGCCUCCCACCAUCCUCCGGACAAUGGUCAACACCAUCACAGGUAGCACCAACGUGGGUGAACAGCUCCCCACUGGCCAGCUCUCUGUGGUGCCGUGGCGACGAACCGGCGUCAAAUACACCAACAAUGAAGCCUAUUUUGACGUAGUGGAAGAGAUUGACGCUAUCAUCGAUAAAUCAGGUUCCACCAUCACAGCAGAAAUUCAGGGAGUUAUUGAUGCUUGCGUAAAACUGACUGGGAUGCCCGACCUCACGCUCUCAUUUAUGAAUCCUCGGCUCCUGGAUGAUGUUAGCUUCCACCCGUGUGUUCGGUUCAAGCGCUGGGAAGCUGAGCGGAUCCUGUCCUUCAUCCCCCCUGAUGGAAACUUCCGGUUGCUCUCCUAUCACGUCAGCUCUCAGAACCUGGUGGCUAUCCCUGUCUAUGUCAAGCACAACAUCACCUUUCGGGAGGGAAGCUCUCAGGGUCGUUUUGACUUGACCCUGGGCCCCAAACAGACCAUGGGCAAGGCCGUGGAGUCUGUCCUAGUCAGCAGCCAGCUGCCGCGGGGUGUCCUCAACGCCAGCCUCAACCCCUCCCAAGGGACAUACACCUUUGACCCAGUCACGAAGUUGCUGACAUGGGAUGUUGGUAAGAUCAACCCGCAGAAGCUUCCCAGUCUGAAAGGCACCAUGAGCCUGCAGGCCGGAGCCUCUAAACCGGACGAGAACCCCACCAUUAACAUCCAGUUCAAGAUCCAACAGAUGGCCAUCUCAGGACUGAAGGUGAAUCGACUGGACAUGUACGGUGAGAAGUAUAAACCUUUCAAGGGCAUCAAGUACAUGACCAAGGCCGGCAAGUUCCAGGUCCGGACUUAAAAGCCACUUCUCUGGGAGCGCUGGACCAAACCACCAGGAGACUGUUGGGGGUUUUAAUGGGGGAAGGGGAGUUGGUAUAUUCCCUGUGUUUAUGCAUUUAUCUUCCAAAGUUUACCCACACCAAUUGGAGGCUCCUUGUAGCAGUUAGGAGUGGACCCUUACACACAGAAAUGAAACCUCUGUUAACUGGUUACAGCUCUAAGCGAUUCAG